AUGGUUUUUAUGACCCUGUUCUGUCUGCUGUUCCUGAGGCCUGGCUCCUCUGCUCUAAUCAGAUCUCCUUUGGAGGAGCUUUCUCAUCACUCAUCCAUUCAAAGAGACAUACCUACUGAUCCUGGUUCUGCUGUUGAUGGCUCAGUGAGAAGGCGGUUCAGCCGAACCCCUCUGAUACCAGAUGUAACCCAUCUGGAACUACUGGUGGUGGUUGGGGCAGAUGUCCAACACGUCCACAAACAGGAUACAGAAAGAUACAUUCUCACCAACCUCAACAUUGCUUCAGAGCUGCUCAGAGACAUGAGUUUUGGUGCCAAUAUGAGAGUGCACCUGGUCCGCAUGAUCAUCCUGUCAGAGCCAGAGACAGAAAUCCAAAUGUGUGGCAACAUCACCUCCUCUCUAAGAAGUGUAUGCAACUGGGGCAGAAGGAUCAACCCCUCCAAUGACACAGAUCCAUUACACGCGGAUCUUCUUCUGUACAUUACAAGGUAUGACCUGGUGUUGCCUGAUGGGAACAAACAGGUCAGGGGAGUGGCACAGCUGGGAGGGGCUUGCUCCAAUGACUGGAGUUGUGUUAUCACAGAGGACACUGGAUUUGAUCUGGGCAUUACCAUCGCUCAUGAAAUCGGCCACAGUUUUGGCAUAAACCAUGAUGGAGUGGGAAACACCUGCAGUAGGAGUGGCUUCAUGAUGGCAUCUGAUGGUGGAUACAACAGUGUGGACCUGACCUGGUCCCAGUGCAGCAGACAGCAGCUGCUCACAUUCUUCAGUGAAAGAAAAGCUGAAUGUGUCAAAGAUCUUCCUGCACUGGAAGGUUCUCUACAGGACUGGAAACCCGGUCUGUACUAUGGAGUCGAUGACCAAUGUCGUAUUGCUUUCGGCAGCACUGCUAGAGCCUGCUCUUUCACCAAUCCUGAUCUGCCAGCGUGCCGCGUUCUGUCCUGCCACAUCAACCCUGAUGACGACAGCUCCUGCAAGCGCCUGCUGGUUCCACUGCUGGAUGGGACAGAGUGUGCACCAAAUCAGUGGUGUUUGAAGGGACGCUGUGUGUCUCCAGACAAGCUCAGCUCUUCUGUGGUGGUGCACGGCUCCUGGUCCAACUGGUCUGAGCUCUCCCCUUGCUCACGGACGUGUGGUGGGGGAAUCACUCACCGAACACGGCAGUGUAACAACCCCAGACCUGCUUUUGGAGGGAAUGACUGUGAGGGUAGGCACAUUGAGGCUGAACUUUGUCACCAGGAGCCAUGUGAGCGGACACAACUGGACUUCAUGGCAGAGCAGUGUUCCCAAACUGACCUACGACCUCUUUACUUACACCCAAACACCGCCUCGUUCUAUACCUGGAUCCCUGCUAUAGGUGUCCUACAGGGAGAUGAACACUGCAGGUACAUGUGCCAGUCGGAGGGAGAACACUUCAUUGUGAGUCGCGGUGACCAGUUUGUAGACGGGACUCGCUGUGAGUCAGACAGCCCACCUGCAUAUGGCACAACAACAGCAUGUCUGAGAGGAAAAUGUCAGAUGUUUGGCUGCGAUGGUGUGCUGAAUUCUGGGAAAGUUAAUGACGUGUGUGGAGUGUGUGGUGGUGACGGAUCAUCCUGCAGUUUGAUCUCUAACGUCUACAGUGGGGGUGAGGCCAGAGAGUACGUCACUUUUCUCUCCCUGCCUGUGAAUGCAACACAGGUUCAUAUUGUCAACUCGGCCCCUCUGUUCACUCAUAUGGCUGUAAUGGUUGGAGAUCAGUACGUUGUGUCUGGGACGGGUAGCAUGGCACUAAAUGUGACCCACCCCUCCCCACUGGACGACGACCGCCUUGAAUACCGCCUGCAUUUGACCCCUGGCCUUCUUCCCCAAAGAGAGGAGCUGGUACUACCUGGACCAGUAAAAAAAGAAAUAAAUGUACAGGUUCAUCGCAAAUAUGGAAAAGCGUAUGGAGAGAAAACAAAUCCAGACAUCAGCUAUCAGUUCUACGUACGCAACAAAAACAGAGACUUAACACACACCAAACCUCGUGGCAAAUGGUCUGUUGUCACAACAGCCUGUUCUGUCUCUUGUGGAUCAGGUGUUCAGAAGCAUGUGUACGUCUGUGUUGAUGAAGACAAUGUGCAUCUGGAGGAACAGUUUUGUGAAGUACUUCCUCCAUCAACACCACAACAGACAGUCUGUGAGCUCUCACCCUGUCCCCCAAGAUGGGACACAGGGAUGUUUGGGCCUUGCAGUGCCUCGUGUGGUGGAGGAGAGAGACUGCGUCCUGUAAGAUGUGUUCAGACACAAGGAGCCAUUGACGUGAAGGUUCCGCAUUCUGAAUGUCCACCUGAUUCAGCCCCGGAUAGUGUCAAAAAAUGUAACCUUCAACAUUGCCCUGGCAGAUGGAACGUGUCAGAAGGGGGAGCGUGUUCGGCAGUGUGCGGUCCAGGAGAAGUGAAGCGUACUGUAUCAUGUGUGCGAACAGAAGACGGUCAAGAUGUUAUAGUGGAUCAGAGCCUCUGUUCAAACCAGAUCAGACCCCCUGAUUCUGUUCCCUGUGUUGUUGAUGUCUGUCCCAUCGGCUGGGAUUCUAUGCAAGCGGAGCAGCCGAUGCUGAAGUCUGGGUUGUUGCUACACUCGAGACAUCUUCCUGUGUAUGUCUGGAGUCCAGUUAUCGGCAAGUGCUCAAAGACCUGCGGAAAUGGAACCCUGCAGGUGUGGUUUUCCUGUGUGGACCACCAGACCCGACUGGAGGUGCCGGAAUUCCACUGUGACGCUUCAACCAAACCUCAUCCUCACACUGAUGCCUGCAGCACAUCGGCCUGCCCUCCCAUGUGGCGGUCUAAACAAGGAGUCUGCAGUGUAACAUGUGGAGGAGGUAUGGCCAACAGGGUGCUGUACUGUGCAGCAGAGACCGAUGGAGAAGAAGAGGUUCUUGUGGAUGAUGCAGAAUGCAAUGAUUUUCCCAAACCAGAAGCUGUGGUUUCAUGUAACACACAGACCUGUCCAGCAAGGUGGAAAGUUCUCAGAACCUCGGCCUGCUCUGUGUCAUGUAACAUGGGUGUAGCUCAGAGGACUGUGUCCUGUGUCCAGUUCGUGCAUGGCAAAGAGAGCACAAUGCCCAAGGAAACCUGCCACGAAUCUGUCAAACCAGCAACCACAGUGCCCUGCCUGGUGCAAGUGUGCACCUUCAGAUGGGAAGUGAAACCAUGGAGCCAGUGUUCUGCAUCAUGUGGAUACGGGAUCCAGUCCAGGGCCGUGACCUGCAUGGGGCCCUCUAAGCCAGAGCCGCUCAGCCCACUGCUUUGUAUGCACAUGCCAAAGCCCAUCACCAUCCAGGGCUGCUACCUGGCCAGCUGCAGCCUCGAACCGCCCACAGCUGCGGUGGAUGUUCCAAGAAACGAGGAUGUUCUACUGUCUCCCACUCUGAUGCGUACAUCCGCACAACAGCGCCAUCUUCCUCUCAGUCCGACAGAGACGAUCACCAUUCCGCAAACAAGCACUACUAAACCUACACCGACACCCAAACCCAAUGCAUGUGGACAGCUGCUCCUUGAAGAGUCAGGUGUGGUGGACUUGAAAGACGCAACUGGCCGGUGCGUGGUAUCCAUAGGUCGUCCUCUGGAUGAGGUCAUUCUUAUCAAAGUGGCUUCCAGUUCUUUGAACUGCAGAAAGAAGGAACACAUCACAUUUUUUGACCGCUUGGCAUUCAUGAGGAAGUGUGAGCAUGCGACAGGAACUGAACUUACAACCAGAACCAAUGUUUUGCUCCUGCGUCAGAAUCUGUUUACAUCUGGAAAUGGUGUAGUGCUCACCUACAGCUCCCAGAAAAACAUGAAGAAGAGUCACCAUCAGGAUUGUGACAUGCAGCUGUUUUCCCCUAGCGGUGUUUUUGAGAACCCAACAACAUCCAACACCAAUCACACCUGUCGGGUUCUCAUCAAUGCCCCUCCCUCAGUGAAGAUCAGAAUCCAGGCGCUACACAUUGGUUUAAUACUAAAUGCCACCAACAGCCAGUCUACCUACAUCAUGAUCAGAGACAUGGAUGUCUUAAAGACCAAUGUGUUCAAAGGCCAACACCCAUUCCUGUGGCAUUCUUCUGGAAACAUGGCUGAGGUGGAGUUUCAUGGAGACUACCUGCACUCCAAAGGGAGCUUCAGGGCUGAAUAUUCAUUUGUUCAUUUUUGAAACCAAUUAUUACUCAGUCUGAGGAUAUGUAAUAUAUAAAAAUCUUUUUUCCCAAAAUAUUACUUUUCAUAUAUAAAACA